AUGAAACUAACAGAAAGAUACGCCUUAUUUACACUGUGUGCUUGUUUGGUUGUACUAUCACUAUCAAGUUUCUCUCUAUGGAAAAUGCAAAUAUACACCUUCUCGGACAGUGACAAAAUCGUGACUGCUAAAAAUGGAACUUCUGCUAAUAAUACACUACAAAGCAUUGGCCCACGAUAUAUCAUUGUUCAAAAUGGCAUGAAACUUACGGCUGACGAGUUCAGAUCGAAGGCAUGGAUCAAGACGGGGAACACACUGAUAGAUGACUACGGUAAAAACAACCUGUCUUUCAAAGGAGAAAAUGGCGUUGGAGUGUAUGAACACAUCACAGGUUCACGUCUGCUUCAGGCUCAAUAUCGAAUCAACGUCCUGACCAGUGAUCUCAUUCCCCUGAACAGAAUCGUGCCCGACUCCAGAUUCAAGAGAUGUCCCAACAUCACCUACGACCACGACCUGCCCACUGCCAGUGUGAUCAUCCCGUUUUACAACGAGUGGCCGAGCAUUCUGCUGCGUACAGUGUACAGCAUCAUCAACAGAACUCCGAGACAUCUCCUGUGGGAAAUACUCCUCAUUGAUGACUCCAGUGAUCUAGUGGAAUUGAAAGAGACACUGGAUGUCUACGUAACAACACAUUUCCCGCGAGGAUUGGUGAGGGUCAUACGCCUGUCAGAAAGAGUCGGUUUGAUCAAAGCGAGGCAACACGGCUGUGACGUCGCUACUGGUGACGUCAUUGUUAUUUUUGACAGUCACAUGGAAGUUAACAUAGACUGGCUGCAGCCAUUGCUGACGCUGAUAAAACAGGACCGGAAGACAAUAGCUCUGGGUACCCUGGACUACAUCAACGCGGAGAGUUUUGAGUAUGCGUGGUACAGAGGUCACGUGUUAAGAUAUGGUUUUGAUUGGCGAAUGGUGUUUUUCGAAACUUUCUUCAGGCCAGACAACUUUGGACCAGACAUAGAGACACCCAAAAAAGCUGUUGUGAUGGUGGGUGCUGGUUUUGCAGUCGAUAGAAAAUACUUCGCUGAAAUUGGCGGUUUUGACGAUGGAAUGAAAGUCUGGGGAGGAGAAAACAUUGAGCUGGCAUGGAGGACAUGGAUGUGUGGGGGACGACUCAUGCAUGCACCGUGUUCAAAGAUCGGUCACAUAGCGCGCGGACAACCCUAUAAAUUUCCCGGGGGCAGGAGGAGAACGGAAGUCUUCAACUACAAGAGAGCGCUGCAAGUGUGGAUGGAGCCUGAACACCAUAAAUUUGUAUAUGACACCUACCCAGAAAUGAGGGACAUUGACACGGGAGAUCUGAGCAAACGUUUUGCUCUAAAAGACAAACUCCAGUGUAAGAAUUUUUCCUGGUUCCUGGAAAACAUCUGGCCGGAGUUAUUCGUGUAUGACAAAGAUGUACUCGCCUGGGGAUCUGCACAAAAUCCAUCAUCAGAGCGUUGUCUUGACAACCAUAUGUACCUGUUUAAAGACCCAAGACUGCUGUAUGCUGAUCAGUGCCACUUUCACUUUGCCUCCCAGGGUUUCUCGUGGACUACGGACAGGACGUUACGUACCUCGCUACAGUGUGUUGUCGUCAAGGUACAUCAACUAAGACCCCAGUUACAAGACUGCAUCAUAGGCCCACGUGAUCGGUGGAUCCAUUAUAAGAAUGGCUUCCUGAAACAUGAACUAACUGGACUGUGUAUGGACCUAGAUGAGGCUGGACCUUUCAUGGACACGUGUCGACUGGACUCGCCGUCACAGAUGUGGACUUUUAACACAUACAAUUAUUAA